AUGGUGUUUGAUCACGUGUACUUGUACAAUGGACAAACUGAUCUAACAUAUACUACUUUCAGCAUGGCUGUGGACGACUCAAUCACUCGAAAGGUGAAGGAUAUCACCGCUGGCUUCGUGGGAGGCGCUACCCAAGUUCUUAUCGGCCAGCCCGCAGACUUGGUCAAGAUCCGGCUCCAAACAAGCACCACACCUACCACCUCGAGCCAGGUUAUACGUAAUGUCCUUAUCAACGAGGGCCCAUUAGCUUUUUACAAAGGUACUUUGGCCCCAUUGAUUGGUGUGGGUGCGUGUGUAUCCUUGCAAUUUUACGGUUUCCAUGAAACCAAGAGACAAUUGCUAAAAUACAGUGGCCAGUCCACGUUGCUGUUGUGGCCCCAGACUUAUAUCGCUGGUGCUGUUGCAGGGAUUGUCAAUACUCCGGUCACCGCUCCUGUGGAGCAGUUACGUAUCCUAAGCCAGUCCAGCACAAAGUCUUCCUCUCUUGUGGAAACGAUUCGACACAUAUAUCUGACUCGAGGCAUGUUGGGCCUUUACCGAGGAUUUAGUAUUACAUUGUUGCGUGAGACCCAGGCAUAUGGUGUCUGGUUUCUCACGUAUGAGGCCUUGAUCGAUUACAUACAAAAGAAAAGAGGUUACUCUCGCAGAGAGGAGAUUCCCACUCCGGAGCUUUUGUUUUCCGGUGCAGUUGCGGGCAAUGCGUUGUGGCUCAGCAGCUAUCCAUUAGAUGUGAUCAAAAGUAACAUUCAGAGCGAUGGUUUUGGGGCCGCGUCAAAAUAUAAUGGCCAAAUUGGUGCUGCUACUAAAGCUAUUUGGCUUGCAAGUGGUGCCCGAGGUUUUUGGAAAGGUAUAGUUCCAUGCCUCUUGAGAGCAGUUCCAUGCAGUGCCGGAACUUUUGCUGCUGUGGAAACAGCUCUUAGAGUCAUGGGAGAAUGA